AAAACCGUUCACGCGGGCGCCGCGGCGGCUUGGGUUACCGCCCAUCCCGGAGCCUGACGCGGCGUCGCGCCCCCUGGGAGCUGCGCGAGGCUCCUGGCUUUGCGGCCCUGUGCUCCGUGCGCUCCUAACGCUCCGGGGCCGGCCGCGGCGCGCAGCGCGGUUGGGGCGUCGGAGGCAGGCAGCAGCGGCGGGGAAGCGCCGGCUGUCAGCAUGUCGCUGCCCCCGGAGAAGGCCUCCGAGCUGAAGCAGCUCAUCCACCAGCAGCUGAGCAAGAUGGAUGUCCACGGAAGAAUAAGAGAAAUCCUUGCUGAGACAAUACGAGAAGAGUUGGCACCAGAUCAGCAACAUUUAUCGACAGAAGAUUUGAUCAAAGCCCUUAGACGUAGAGGAAUCAUUGAUGAUGUGAUGAAAGAACUUAAUUUUGUUACUGAUAAUGUUGAUCAAGAACUCCCUUCUUCUCCAAAACAAGCUAUUUGUUUUGAUAGACAAUCAACAUUAAAAAAAACUAAUAUUGAUCCAACACGGAGGUAUCUUUACCUUCAGGUUUUGGGUGGAAAAGCUUUCUUGGAACAUCUACAAGAACCCGAGCCCUUACCAGGACAAGUUUGCUCAACAUUUACUUUAUGUUUACACUAUCGAAACCAACGUUUUCGUUCUAAACCUGUUCCUUGUGCCUGUGAACCAGAUUUUCGUGAUGGCUUUUUACUUGAAGUACACAGAGAAAGCUUAGGUGAUGGAACUAGAAUGGCUGAUUCAACAACAAUGUUAUCAAUAAGUGAUCCUAUUCAUAUGGUGCUAAUCAAAACAGACAUAUUUGGCGAGACAACUUUAGUAGCAUCCUAUUUUCUGGAAUGGCGAUCAGUUUUGGGCUCAGAAAAUGGAGUGACUAGUCUGACUGUGGAACUUAUGGGUGUAGGCACAGAAUCAAAAGUUUCUGUGGGAAUUUUAAAUAUAAAACUUGAAAUGUACCCACCACUCAAUCAAACCUUAUCUCAAGAAGUAGUGAACACACAGCUUGCUUUGGAACGUCAGAAAACUGCAGAGAAAGAGCGAUUGUUUCUUGUAUAUGCUAAGCAGUGGUGGAGAGAAUAUUUACAAAUUCGACCCUCACACAAUUCACGGCUGGUUAAGAUUUUUGCACAGGACGAAAAUGGGAUAAAUAGACCAGUUUGUUCCUACGUUAAACCACUUAGAGCUGGACGGCUUCUGGAUACUCCAAGGCAAGCAGCAAGAUUUGUUAAUGUCCUUGGUUAUGAACGAGCCCCUGUUAUUGGAGGAGGAGGUAAACAGGAACAGUGGUGCACUCUACUGGCCUUUCUCUGUAGAAACAAGGGUGACUGUGAAGACCAUGCUAACCUUCUGUGCAGCCUUCUUCUUGGGUAUGGAUUGGAAGCCUUUGUCUGUGUUGGCACAAAGGCAAAGGGCGUCCCUCAUGCGUGGGUUAUGACCUGUGGGACUGACGGAACCAUCACUUUCUGGGAGAGUUUAACAGGACAUAGGUACAUCCAUAAGCCAACCAAUCCUGAUGAACCUCCACUUGCUGACCAGCCCAAACCAUUGUACCCAUAUAGAACAAUUGGCUGUGUUUUCAAUCAUCAGAUGUUCCUGGGAAACUGUCAGCCCUCUGAUGCAGUAGAAACCUGUGUAUUUGAUCUAAAUGACGAAUCUAAAUGGAAACCUAUGAGUGAAGAAGCAAUUAAAUCUGUGUGUGCUCCAGGAGCUACGACAUCCCUUCCUCCCUUUCCACCUCUGUGUGCGUCCACGAUUGAUGCAUCAGUAACAAGUAAUGAAAUAGAGAUGCAGCUGCGGCUUCUGGUGUCAGAACACAGGAAGGAUCUUGGCCUCACUACUGUUUGGGAAGACCAGCUCUCCUACCUUUUAUCACCGGCUUUGGCUUCUUAUGAAUUUGAGCGUACAACAAGUAUUUCUGCAGGCAAUGAAGAAUUUCAGGAUGCCAUAAGGAGGGCUGUACCUGAUGGCCAUACAUUUAAAGGGUUCCCAAUACAUUUUGUGUAUAGAAAUGCAAGACGUGCAUUUGCCACUUGUCUUCGGUCUCCUUUCUGUGAAGAAAUAAUCUGUUGCCGUGGAGACCAGGUCCGACUGGCAGUUCGCGUCAGAGUGUUUACUUACCCCGAAUCUGCAUGUGCUGUUUGGAUCAUGUUUGCUUGUAAAUAUCGCUCAGUAUUAUAGGACUAAUACUUCUAUAAGCAUUAUACUUGUGUUUUACUGGAACUUUGCACGUUGUACAUUAUUAGCUCCAGAGUUUCUUUAUUUUAAAAUUAUAAUCUGUCUUGGAUGUGAUGUUUCACUUCUGUAUAAACCUGACUGAUAAUCAUGUAUAUAUUUAAAAUUUAAGGAUGAAAAACUUGUGUAAAUAUCCGUGGCAUUUAAUAUAAAUUAAGUGUAUAUUCUGUUUUAAUAAAUGCUACUUUGUUUACAGGUAUUCAGUAGUUUAAAUAGGAAUAUAAAAUGUACUCAGUUUACACUAACAAGUAAUUAGAGUUGUCUUACGUGUCUGCACCAUAGGAAAGUCAAUAUGAUAAUUUUUCAUAGAUUAAUGGAAUUAUUUUAUAUAAAUUAGGAGAAAUUAACCUCACUACAAAUUUAUUACAUAAGCAAAAGUACAUUUUGGUGGAUUAUCACUUUUGUGGUUUAUCCAUGACGCUAGGCACAUUUGAGAUUUUCUAGAAAUUUAUAGUAAGACCUUGAAGUAAAAGUAAGAAAAAACAAAUUCUAGGUAACCAUAAAUACUAAUAACCUCAAUGAAAGUACGUGAAUCAUGGGCGGUGCCUGUGGCUCAGCAAGUAGGACUCCAGCUGCAUAUACCCAGGAUGGCAGGUUCAAACUCACCCCCGCCGAACUGCAAACAAAAAAAUAGCCGGGCGUUGUGGCCGCUGCCUGUAGUCCCAGUUACUCGGGAGGCUGAGGCAAGAGAAUCACCUAAACCUAGGACUUGGAGGUUGCUGUGAGCUGUGUGAGGCCAUGGCACUCUACUGAGGGCGAUAAAGUGAGACUCUGUCUGUAUUUAAAAAAAAAAAAACUACAUGAAUAAUUUAUAAAUAUUUAUCAGUUUGAUUUGUUAUAAGAAUGAAUUAAGUGGCUCAGUGCCCGUACUACAGUGGUUACGGCGCCAGCUACUUGCACUGAGGGUAGCAGGUUAGAGCCCAGCCCCGGCCUGCCAAACAGCAAUGACAACUACAGCCAAUAAAUAGCCGGGUGUUGUGGUGGAUGCCUGUAGUCCCAGCUACCUGGGAGGCUGAGGCAGGAGAAUUGCUUAAGUCCAAAAGAGUUUGAGAUUGCUGUGAGCUGUGAUGCAACGGCCCUCUACAGAAGGCAACAUAGUGAGACUCUGUCUUAAAAACAAGCACGUCUCUAUAAUUAAUCCUAGCAGUCUGUCACUGAUUUUCUAUGGUCAAUGGAUUUACUACUAUCUUCUGAAAUCACUUUUCCUCUUUUCUCACUGUGAUAAAAACGUCUGUGUAUAUGCAUCUGAUGUGAGGAGAGCUUCAUUGUGCAGGGCCACUGAGAACAAGCACGUAUGACUGAUUCCAGGCUGACCUUUGUUUUAAAAUUAAGCAAGUUUUAACUGUUAGUUUUAAGUGAGCAAAAGUAAAUGUUAAAAAAGACUGUUAACACUUCAACCCUUUGUGAGAAGCUGUGUGAUGUGUAAGUGAUAGGUUUGACUGUUUGGCAUCUCUGCUUGGUUCUUAAUUCAGUUGCUUUACCCACUGACCUUAAGAAAGUACUGUAGGGCAGCGCCUGUGGCUCAGUGAGUAGGGCGCUGGCCCCAUAUACCGAGGGUGGCUGGUUCGAACCCAGCCCCAGCCAAACUGCAACAAAAAAAUAGCUGGGUGUUGUGGCGGGCGCCUGUAGACCCAGCUGCUCGGGAGACUGAGGCAAGAGAAUCGCGUAAGCCCAAGAGUUAGAGGUUGCUGUGAGCCAUGUGACGCCAUAGCACUCUACCCGAGGGCAGUACAGUGAGACUCUUGUCUCUACAAAAAAAAAAAAAAGUACUGUAUACCAGUUGGCUGUCCAAGUUAUUGAUUCUUUUCCUCACUUUAAUUCACCCUUGCAAAGAAAACGAUUUAAUUUUAAAAAAUUAAAAUCUAAAGAUGUCUUAAAAUUUGCUUUUUGCUUUAUUUUUGUAUGUAAUAUUUAUGAUAUGUUUAAAAAGUCUACUAUCCCUCUUCUACUGAUUUUCAUUGAAAAUGGUAAUCGGAUGUUUCUUGUGAGACUGACAUGAAUGUAGAGAAUAAGUAAAAUAAUAAAGACUUUUUUUACUCACGCCAACAUUACACAUUAAGCUGUCAACAGAAAAUUGCUUGUAAUUUUCAAUAUUUGAGGCAAACUAUAAUUCACAUACUAAAAGGCAGAGUAUAUUAAGAUCAAGGCUGUAUUAACAUUGAGGCUGGGCUUCCUGCUUUUGUGUACCAGAGUAAUGUGUAUUUUGAAUGUGCUUUUGGUAUAAAUUCUAAAAUAAAUUUGCUUUUUAUGCACUUUAAUAGAAUCUUUCAUUAAUAUUUUUCUCUGAAGAUGUUUCAUAAAAGUAUUUCAGUGCAUUUAUCACUAGAAUUCUGCUACUUAACUAAUCAUUUUUCUUUUUAAGAAUUAAAUUUACCUUGUAUAUUUAGCUGUCAUAAAAGUUGUUUUUCUA